UCUCCGAAACUCUUCCCUGGAGGAGGAGCGAUUGGGAAGGCCGGGUCCUCUCGGCUCCGGUGGAAGAGCAGCGGAGAAGCUGGGCGGAGCUCCAAGGCUGGCGACCGGGCUGCGGAGGGGCCUGCGAGCCGCUGCUGAGCUGCGGAGUGCUCCGGUGGGCGAGCGGGCGAGCGAGCGAGCGAGGUUGGCGGAAGGAGUCUGCCCGUGUUCGAGCUGAGUUGAGCUGCACGCUCCGGCGGCUGCGCUGCUAGCCAGUGGCUACGUCGCGCCGGGGUCUCCAGCAUGACGGAGCUGAGGCAGAGAGCGGUUCGCGAGCCGGACUCACCGCCCGAGGACAAGGAAUCAGAGUCAGAAGCAAAGGUAGAUGGAGAGACUGCAUCAGACAGUGAGAGCCGAGCGGAACCAGCUCCCCCGCCAACCUCCGUAGAUGACACCCCAGAGGUCCUCAACAGAGCCCUUUCCAAUUUGUCUUCAAGAUGGAAGAACUGGUGGGUGAGAGGCAUCCUGUCUUUGGCCAUGAUUGCAUUUUUCUUCAUCAUCAUUUACCUGGGACCAAUGGUUUUAAUGAUGAUUGUAAUGUGUGUUCAGAUUAAGUGUUUCCAUGAGAUAAUCACUAUUGGCUACAAUGUCUACCACUCCUAUGACCUGCCCUGGUUCAGGACCCUCAGCUGGUACUUUCUACUGUGUGUAAACUAUUUCUUCUAUGGCGAGACAGUGACGGAUUACUUCUUCACCCUGGUCCAGAGAGAGGAGCCUUUGCGGAUUCUCAGUAAAUACCAUCGAUUCAUUUCUUUUACCCUCUAUCUAACAGGAUUCUGCAUGUUUGUACUGAGUCUGGUCAAGAAGCAUUACCGACUGCAGUUCUACAUGUUUGGGUGGACCCAUGUAACAUUACUGAUUGUUGUAACUCAGUCGCAUCUCGUUAUCCACAAUCUGUUUGAAGGAAUGAUCUGGUUCAUUGUCCCCAUUUCUUGUGUGAUCUGUAAUGACAUCAUGGCCUAUAUGUUUGGCUUUUUCUUUGGUCGGACUCCACUCAUCAAGCUUUCUCCAAAGAAGACCUGGGAAGGCUUCAUUGGGGGUUUCUUUGCUACUGUGGUGUUCGGCCUUCUGCUGUCCUACGUGAUGUCUGGGUACAGGUGCUUUGUCUGCCCUGUGGAGUACAACAACGACACCAACAGCUUCACUGUGGACUGUGAGCCCUCGGACCUGUUCCGCCUGCAGGAGUACAACAUUCCUGGAGUGAUCCAGUCAGUCAUUGGCUGGAAAACAGUCCGGAUGUAUCCCUUCCAGAUUCACAGUAUUGCCCUCUCCACCUUUGCCUCACUCAUCGGCCCCUUUGGCGGGUUCUUUGCAAGUGGAUUCAAACGAGCCUUUAAAAUCAAAGACUUUGCCAAUACCAUUCCUGGCCACGGAGGCAUCAUGGAUCGCUUUGACUGCCAGUACCUGAUGGCCACCUUUGUCAAUGUAUACAUUGCCAGUUUUAUCAGAGGCCCUAACCCAAGCAAAUUGAUUCAGCAGUUCCUGACCUUGCGACCAGAUCAGCAACUCCACAUCUUCAACACGCUCAAGUCUCAUCUGACUGACAAGGGGAUUCUGACAGCCACCACAGAGGACGAGUAGGGGCCACCCAGGGCCAGGAGAGCAGGAGCAGAACUGAGUGCAGGGCAGGUCUCCAAGGCAAGCCCAGCUGCUGUGACUUAGACAAUGACAAGCUUCAACUCACUGUCUUUUUUUUUUUUUUUUUUGGUUGGGGGGGGAGGUUUUUUUUUUUUUUUUUUUAAUUUGUGGGUUAAAAAAAUAUGUAUAUACUGUCUUUGUGUUUAUGAUUUGGAUUGUGAGUAAACUGUAGUUGAGUUGGAAAUAAGUCAUGAGGGCAAAACCAUUUGGGUAUAUUAAACAGAAGUAUUGAACAACCCGGAAGACAGUGUUGCCCAGCUCAGGAUGUGAUCCCUAUCAAGCUGUUACUGGACCCAAUGAGAGUGGCAUUCAUCUGUGUGAACCCAUUUAGGUGGCUCUCCCACUAGUGCUGGGCACACGGCUUGGACACUUGCUGUUCUUGACAGCAUUCACUGGCUCUUCUCUACCAGUGCCUGCCUGGGAGCUGUGGAGGGUUGCCUUCUCUAGGCUGAAGGAAUGGAGGCUUAUUGAUCAGAGGAGCAUUCUGUCCACACUGAAGCCCUGCAGAGGCUAAAAGAAGCUCUGCUUUAUGUAUGGUUUCACUUCAUUUCAGACUGAAAGAAGGUUUUAGUUUUUAUUUUUAUUUUUGAAAGCAUGAAAAAUUAUUUAUGAUAGUCUGGAAAAAACCCACACUGUAAUAUUUCAAGUGUAUGCAGUAGAAGCACUGUAACUGAGCCCCUUCCCAUGAUUUAGGCUCCAGUGUCUCCUGGAGGACAGUCCAGUGAACUUUGUCUUUUCAGGGCUGAGGCUGUUGGCAUUUGUGCUGUAGACUUGCUGCUGAGUCCUUCCUGGGGACCCUAACCGGCGGCAGGGAGAGAGGGCUUUUGGUUUGCACGCCCCUCGCUGAACACCAUGUAGCUGCUGUGUUGUGUAUAUAUUACUCUUGAGGCAAGUAUGUGUCUAUGUUUGUUCUAAAACACCCUUAUUUCUUACCAUGAUUUCAGUUAUACCAUGACUUGUUCAUUGAAACCAUAAAGUCCUGCUAAAAACUAUGGCAUAACUAACCUAUGAGAGGCCUGGCUAUUCUGAAGAUUAAAUGUAUACUUUUUAUAUAAUGUGA